GCAAAUACAAAAAUGUAUGGAAAACUAAAGUCAAGCGUGGUGGUGAAAGAGUUAAGGGCAUGACAGCUAGGGGAAAAAGCUGUGUCUGCCCCCCUUCCCUUGGUGCCCUAAACACAGGCUUCUUUUGCUUAAUGGUUAAUCCAGGGCUGAUUUGCAGGAAGUUCUAUGAAACGAUAAAUCCAGUUAGCCAUACCCGAGCAACACCCAGACAAAACGCAGAUACAUUCUGGCUUGAAAAUCCUCAUUUUGAGAUGGAGCAUGAAGAUCCCGGCAUUGCGGAGAUCCAUGACUCAGAUAAUGGUGGGACCAUAAGGAGAGUCUACAUAGCCGACAGAGGUGUGGUGCACAAGAGUGAAGAUGAUCUGAAGCAUGAGGCCAUCCAGCCCACUAUCCAGCACAGACAACCCGCCUGGAAGGCAAGUUCACAGCAGGAAGGCUCUACCAUAGAACGGCAAGGGAAUCUGUUAGCCCCAGGCAAUUAUGGUGAGGGUGACAUGGCUGUAGCGACCAAUGUUAUCUCCCGCUCCAGCAAGCAGCGCCCCUUUAUUUGUAACGAGUGUGGCAAGAGUUUCAGCCACUGGUCGAAACUGCUACGGCAUCAGCGCACGCACACCGGCGAACGUCCCAGCACUUGCACUGACUGUGGCAAGAGCUUCUCGCAGAACUCACACCUAGUGCAGCACCGGCGCACCCACACCGGCGAGAAGCCUUAUGUCUGCCGUGACUGUGGCAAGAGCUUCAGCUGGAGUUCCAACCUGAUCCAGCACCAGCGCAUCCACACUGGUGAGCGCCCUUACACGUGUGGGGACUGUGGUCGCAGUUUCACACAAAGCAAGAACCUGGCCAAGCACCGGCGGACACAUACAGGGGCCCGACCGUUCCGUUGCCCCGAAUGCGGCCGAGGCUUUGCACAUAGUGCUGGCCUGAUCAAGCACCAGCGUUUGCGCCAUGAUACGGAUUCCCCCAUCGGCCACCCGUGUCCAGAAUGUGGACAACGCUUCCGUGCUCCUUCAGAGGUGGAACGCCACCGCAUUGCCCAUCAUGGGGUCACCCCAUCAGAGCCCUUCAUCUGCGUGGAAUGUGGAGAAUGUUUCACCAAGAGCACCACCCUUAUUCGCCACAAGCGAGUGCACAAGCCAAUAUUUGUGCGUUGAGGGUUUCUCCCCCUGGUGGGAUGUGAAUUCUAAAUGAUGUCCAGGUUAGCAGCCUGGAGACUGAUGGUAGUUUGGGGUCCACCGUGACUCUGCAACCUGGAUAUCGCUUGGCCAGACUAAAGGCCCUGAGUGAGCCAGGAAGGAGCAGUGAGAAGGUGAGGAGGCAGGAAAUUCAGCUCAGAGCUUGGGACUCUGGUCAUUUGUUGGAAGAAAAACUGCUUAGUGCCCAGAUCUUGAUCUGCCUUGUGAGGCAGGAUCAGAAAAUAGUUCUCACUGACCAUCUGAGAACUAGCAAGCUCUGCUACUGUAAAUAAAGUGGGGGUAUUUUUUUAGUUAGAAGCCAUAGGAAUUUUUGAGGAAGAGGUGGAAGAAGAGAUCAGGUCUUCAGUCAAAAUAAGGUUUGUUGGGACUUCAAAGGAGAAAAAAUGGAUAAGGAAGUACCUUUGAGUUAUUUUACUCUGGAAAGGUAUGGAUGUGAAGUGGCAAAAAAGUGAGGACAGUGAAGAGUGGAGGAAUCAGAGGAUUGAAACCCAUUUUGUGCAAUAAAGUGUUUUGUAUCCCCUAA